AAAAUCCAUGUUGACAAUAGGUACACGCAAAGAAUAAUGACAAAUUUCCGAAGGACGCGUCUGCUUUACACAACAGUAGCCUUAUACGUAGUCAUAUGUUUGGUGCCGAUGAUCAAAGCGCUUCGAAUAUAUAAUUUUACUGAGCCGUCGGAAUUCGGACCACUUUACCCAAUUAAUGUGUUCGCGUAUCCAGACAGAACCAUCGGUAUUCGAUUAACAAAUAGAUUUUCAUGUCCGCAACAGCCAACAACGUUUGCGCUUCGUUUUCUAGAUCCAAAUGGUGCUUUGAACGCUCAAAAUUUGAACUUUACAUUCCCUAUCAUCAAUUUUUGUCCAAUAAAUAGGAUAAGAAUUUUUACCCUUCCAGAUAAUUAUCUCCUCAUACGUUACUGGAAAGUUAUAGACAAUUCAUCUAUACAAUAUGCUGGGCUUAUCGUCUCGAUGGAUGGAGAAAUAAUCGAUCCAGAACUUCAAUUAAGUAACACGCUAAGUAUUCCGAACACGACGCAUCCCAAUUCUGUCGCGACCCUAAACUUUGCCCAGAAAGGCAUCCUUUACGUAUCAAUAUACGAUCAAUUGUCCAUCAAUUGGACAAGAUAUGUUUGGGAUUCUAAUAGGGGAAGCUUGACUCAAUUGUCCCAUGAUGUGAUAAAAUCGCCGCGUAAUUUUCAAAUCGAUGAUGCCAAAUGUUUUACCACGAUUGAUGGUGGAUUUGGUGUGGUCUAUUCGGCCAGUUUGACUCCUCAAUCUGUCACAGCAAACGCAACUUUUCCGAAUCCCGUCACAGCUCUCGUUUUCAUGACAUUCAUGCGUCUUGGUGAGAAUAACUUCUCUUCGACUUCUAUAAUAUAUGAAACGACCUAUCCCCAAGUUAGGAUUUCCAUCCGUUCCUGUCAACAAAAUCACGUGGAUCAUCCGGGCUAUGUCUGUUUCAUUCGCGUUAGAGCUGCAGCAAAUCUGACCGCUGGAAAUUCGGCAUGGGAUUUCUGGAGAAUGAUCUCAUUCUUUUCUACUGGAACGCUUAUAUCUACUCUAGAUUUGGCCAACAACCUGAUUUUUGAUUCGUCAGGGAUCAUAUUGAUAAAUUAUACCCGAGCAGACUCCUUAUAUUACGGUGGGUUUUUGAUGACGGGAACAAACCAAGCCAAUUACUCGCAAGGUUCAAUUUAUGAUAAAGAUGGAAAUUUCAUACAGGAUUGGGGAAUAGACUCGUUGAACGGGACUAUUUUUAGUAUCUUGAACAAUAAUACAAUAUUUGCAGCUGUACCCGCUCAAAAUAAUUUGGGUGAUUCCUGGGAACUCUAUUCUAAUGACAUAUCGCCUCUGGCCAAUAGCACAUACAUGAACCCCACCAUUGUUUCAGCUUAUCCUCCUGUUAAUGAAUCGAUACCUCUGGCUUUAAAAUCUAUCAAUGUAACCUAUAAUAUUGAAGUUACUCCGUCAUUGGCAAAUAUAAGUAUAUAUCAACGUACGAAUACUGGCUUGGGUGUAGUAGAUUUUCUCCGACAAACAUUACCGGCCUCUUCGCCAAAUGUUCGUUUCAACGAUAGUGUGGUGUCGAUAGAUGUUUUAUCGUGUACCUUUAACCAACAGGGACAAAUUUAUUUUGUGGUAAUUGACGGAAAUUUUGCGAAGGCGAAAGAAUUCAAUGAGCCCUUGCUUGGUGUAGGGAAUGGAACCUGGAUGUUUCGAACGAAAACCGGAAACAAUAACUCCUUCACAGACGAUGUGGAUGUUAUUGCUCGUCUGUCAUCCAGUGCAUCGGCAUUUUUCGUUGCUUUGAGCGUUUCCGAAAGGCAUAAUUUUUUAAACGAAAUGUUGAUUUCAUUCUCCGAAACGAUUCCUGCGAACAUAUCAAGGUUGUCCAUAAUGGACCGAUUUCAAUAUGACGGCGAAAGCAAGAGAGCUCAAAUAUUAUUGAAAAUGACGAUUCGAUCUACCAGAGAUCUGUCUCAAAUGAAUAGUAUGCAGAUAUAUGAGGACAUGAAUAUGUUGGUAACUAACAAGAGCAUAACUAGUUUAAUGUUUUAUAAUAGUACGGCAUCUUUGGAUUCUGAUUAUGGUGUCUUGAGACUACAAAAUCUAUGGGAAAAAUAUAGAUAUCAUUUUGCUGUCGUAAUUUGUGUCAUUUUUGUGUCUCUUGUGAUCGUGUUCUUGGCACAUAACAGAUACCCACAGGGAAAAAGCAUGUCGCUGUUUAAAUUUAUUUUGGUUAUUGCAGAUUUUGUUCUGGACGGCAUCUUCCUUUUUGACUAUGUUGAAGAUGUUCCAAGAUUGUAUUUUCCGUAUCUUGGCAUUAUAUUAGCAGCGAUGUCCUUCAACUUUUUUAUCACGAUGUUCAUUUUCUUUAGAGAAUUUUAUGGAAACACGCCAUUUCAUCAAUGGAUGAAAAAGCGUAAAACUAUUCCGUUUGUGUUUUUCUUGUUAGGAUAUGUAGAUCUGGAGUCUUUAAAUUUGAUUUGCUCCAAAGUGGCGAGGUUUAAAAUAUUUCAAGCACCAUUAACAUCCACCGCCACAAGGUGGAUAUAUUUAGGAAGUCUUGUGAGCGUAUUUAUGGAAGAUAUACCACAGUUAGUGAUAUUGGUAAGAUUGCACGCACUCAAAGUUCGACGUAUAACCGUCGAUGUCGAAUAUCACUAA